AUGAUAACAAAAUUCUACCAGCACAUCCUUGCCUUGGCAUUUGCGGUAAAAGUGAUAAAUGAGAACCCCAGCAUCUUGCCCAAUAUCACACUGGGUUUCCACAUCUAUGACAGCUAUAAUGAUGCAAGGAUUACCUAUCGUAACACUCUGAACCUGCUCUUUAAAAUGCACAUAUUUGCUCCCAACUACAAAUGUGACUCGCAGAAAAACCUCAUAGCCAUCAUCGGAGGACUUAGCUCUGAUACCUCCUUCCAUAUGGCUGAUACCUUAAGCCUCUACAAGAUUCCACAGCUUACAUAUGGCUCAUUUCCACAGAAGGAGAGUGAUAUAGAUCACUUACUUUCCCUUUACCGCAUGAUGCCCAAUGAAGCUCAUCAGUAUAUGGCGAUUAUCAGCUUGCUUCAACAUUUUGGAUGGACAUGGGUUGGACUCUUUGUUACUGAUGAUGAAGGAGGGGGAAAAUUCUUGCAGGCCCUGGAGCAAUUGCUCUACCAGCAUGGGAUCUGUUCAGCCUUCACACAAAGAAUGGAAAAAGCAUCUCAUUCCGAUUUGUUCAUUGAACUUUAUGACAUACUCGAAAGUUAUUAUGUGAGUCUCACAAAUGACAAAGCCAAUACAUUCAUUGUCUAUGGAGAUUCUCAGACUUUGACCUGGCUGAGAUGUGUUAUAUUUCUACGAGAUCCUGAAAAUAAGGAAAGCUCAAGAUUUAGAAAAGUGUGGAUCAUGACAACUCAAAUAGAUUUUGUAUUAUUGAGUUAUCAAAAAGCUUGGGGUCUUGAGCUCUUCCAAGGUGCCAUUUCCUUCACCAUUCACUCAAAAGAGCUUCUCAAGUUCCAUGAAUUUAUUCAGAUCAUAAAACCUUACUGGAACCCAGCAGAUGGUUUUCUCAAGGACUUCUGGGAGCAAGCAUUUGAUUGUACAUUUCCAAAACUGCACAUGCAAGAUAUUGAAACAUGUACAGGGGAGGAGAACAUGGUAACAAAAUUCUACCAGCACAUCCUGGCCUUGGCAUUUGCUGUAAAAGUGAUAAAUGAGAAUCCCAACCUCUUGCCCAAUGUCACCCUGGGGUUCCACAUCUACGACAGCUAUUAUGAUGCAAGGAUUACAUAUCGUAACACUUUGGACCUGCUCUUUAAAAUGCAUAGAUUUGCUCCCAACUACAAAUGUGACUCACAGAAAAACCUCAUAGCCAUCAUCGGAGGACUUAACUCUGAUACCUCUUUCCAUAUGGCUGAUACUUUAAGGCUCUACAAGAUUCCACAAAUUGCAUAUGGUUCAUUUCCCCAAGAGGAGAGUGAAAUAGAUCACUUCCUUUCCUUUUACCGCAUAGUGCCCAAUGAAGCUCAUCAGUAUAUGGCGAUCAUCUAUUUGCUCCAGCGUUUUGGAUGGACAUGGGUUGGACUCUUUGUUACAGAUGACAAUGGAGGAGAAAAUUUUUUGCAGGCCCUGGAGCAAUUGCUCUACCAGCAUGGAAUCUGCUCAGCCUUCACACAAAGAAUUGAAAAAGUAGCUCGUUUUGAUAUGUUGGGUGAAUUUUAUGAGUUGCUUUAUAGGUAUUAUGUAGGUCUCACGAAUGACAAAGCGAAUGCAUUCAUUGUCUAUGGAGAUUCUCAGACAUUGACCUGGCUGAGAUGUAUUAUAUUUCUACGAGAUCCUGAAAAUAAGGAAAGCUUAACAUUGAGAAAAGUGUGGAUCAUGACAACUCAAAUUGAUUUUGUAUUAUUGAGUUUUCAAAAGUCUUGGGAUCUUGAGCUCUUUCAAGGUGCCAUUUCCUUCACCAUUCACUCAAAUGAGCUUCUCGAGUUCCAUGAAUUUCUUCAGAGCAUAAAACCUUACUGGAAUCCAGGCGAUGGUUUUCUCAAGGACUUCUGGGAGCAAGCAUUUGACUGUCCAUUUCCAGAUCUGCUCAUGCAAGAUACUGAAACAUGUACAGGGGAGGAGAAGUUAGAGGGUCUUCCUGGCCAUCUUUUUGAAAUGGGCAUGACUGGCCACAGCUACAGUAUCUACAAUGCUGUCUUUCUUGUGGCUCAUGCUUUGCAUGCAAUUUAUUCAUACAGAUCAAAGCACAGAGUAGUGGCAGGAGACAAAAGGUUUGAACUUCAAGAUCUGCAGCCUUGGCAGCUCCAGUACUUUCUGCAAGGCAUUUCAUUUAACAACUCAGCAGGGGAAACAAUAUCCUUUGAUGAAAAAAGGCAAAUGAGAGGUGGAUUUGACAUCACGAACAUGAUCACCUUCCCAAACAAGUCCUUCUUUCGAAUGAAAGUUGGAUGUGUUGAUCCUGAUGCUCUUGAAGGAGAAGCAUUCAUUUUUCAUGAAGAUAUGAUUGUGUGGCACAGAGGUUUUAAUCAGGUGAUUCCCCUUUCUCUGUGUAAUGACCACUGCCACCCUGGGAAUCAGAAGAAAAAGAAAGAAGGGGAAAAGUUUUGUUGCUAUGGUUGUGUUCCAUGUCCAGAAGGGGAAAUUUCAAACCAGGAUGAUAUGAAUGAUUGCUUCAGAUGCCCAAAAGCUCAGUAUCCAAACAAGAACAAAACUGCCUGCAUUCAGAAAACGAUGACCUUCCUUUCUUAUGAAGAACCUUUGGGUAUCAGUUUAGCAUCCAUUCCCCUUUCUUUCUCCCUCAUCACAGCUUUGGUGCUAGGAAUAUUCAUAAAGUACAGAGACACUCCCAUAGUCAAAGCCAACAACCGGGACCUCACCUACUCUCUCCUUGUCUCUCUCCUGCUCUGCUUCCUCUCUUCAUUGCUAUUUCUGGGUGAACCUAGCACAGUCUCCUGCCUCCUCCGGCAACCAGUGUUUGGCAUCAUCUUCUCUGUAGCUGUUUCUUGUGUGUUGGCUAAAACUGUCACUGUAGUUCUAGCUUUCUUGGCCACCAAGCCAGGGUCCAGCAUGAGGAAGUGGAUAAGAAAAAGACUGACAAAUUCCAUUGUCUUUUCCUGUUCUCUUAUUCAAUCAACUAUUUGUACUGUGUGGUUGAUGACAUCUCCCCCAUUCCCUGAACUGGACAUGCACUCUUUAGCAGAAGAAAUCAUUGUGCAAUGUAAUGAAGGCUCAGUCACCAUGUUCUAUUUCGUCCUGGGCUACAUGUUCCUCUUGGCCAUUGCCAGCUUCAUUGCCGCAUUUGCUGCCCGCAAGUUACCUGACAGUUUUAAUGAAGCCAAGUUCAUUACCUUCAGCAUGUUGCUCUUUUGCAGUGUUUGGCUGUCUUUUUUUCCAGCCUACCUGAGCACAAGAGGGAAACACAUGGUGGCUGUGGAGAUCUUCUCCAUCUCAUCCUCCAGUGCUGGGUUAUUGGGCUGCAUCUUUGCCCCUAAAUGCUACAUCAUCAUUCUGAGGCCUGAGCUGAACAACAGAGAACAACUUAUUAAAAAAUGUACUAAAUAA